AUGCCAGUAAAAACAUUUUUGACCAGCCAAGCCAGUAAUUCGAAAUUUCGUGUCAAUGGCUUGAUACCGUCACCACGUUUACCAGAGAAAAGACAAUUGUGCCAAUCAUUUCGUGAACAUCUUGUUUACGCACCUGAACAACUUCCGCCUAAAGUCGAUCUUCGAGCCGAUAUGACACCUGUCGAGGAUCAAUCACAAAUUGGUAGUUGUGCUGCGAACUGUCUUGCUGGUGCAUACGAAUAUUUAACAAAGAAGGCCCAUGGGCGAAAUAUAGAUGUUAGCCGUUUGUUCAUCUAUUAUAAUGCUCGUGUUAAAGAUCAAAGAUCGCAUGUGGUUGUCGAUUCUGGUUGCACGAUGACAAGUGCCAUUGAAGCACUAGAAGAACUAGGUACAUGUCUUGAAUCAGUGUGGCCGUACGAUAUCUCUCGUGUUAAUACUCGGCCAAAUGCACAAUCUUACGACGAAGCGAAACGUCAUAAGAUCACGGAAGCACUUCGAGUGAAUAUUAAUCUCUAUGAAAUGAAAUCUUGUCUUGCACAAGGCUUUCCAUUCGCGUUCGGCUUGAAGUUAUAUACUUCAUUUGAUCAAGCAAGAAGCACAGGUGUUGUACCAAUGCCAAAUUAUGGUGAUAUUGGUCGACAGGCGCAUGGAAGUCAUGCACUGUUAGCUGUUGGCUAUAGUGAUCAAUCGAGAGCGUUCAUUGUUCGAAAUUCUUGGGGAGAACAAUGGGGAGACAAAGGGUACUGCUAUAUUCCAUAUGAUUAUAUCACCGAUGCGAAUCAAUGUUUCGACGUAUGGGCUGUUCGCAAAGUAGCGGCGGAUAAUUUUAGUCAAGAUAAUUGGGAUAUUUUUGAUGUAAUCAACUUGGUCCGCAAGAAGAUAAACAAUCGACAUGCCAAACAUAUUCCCAAUGAAAGUGGUCGAAUGGUAAAAUAUGAUGUCGACGACGAUGCGGACAAUAGUAACAACAACCAAGGUAAUGAUUAUGAUCAAUCAUGGUAUUCAUACGGAAAUAAUAUUUCUCCGGGAACAGAUGAAAACAAUAAUUAUGAUCAAGAGAAUAGCUUCAGUGAAUCAUGGAAUUCAUACCACGCCUAUCGAAAUGAUACCUUUUCAACUGGUGGAUAUAACAAUAGUAGCCGUAAAGAUAGCUUUGAAUAUAAUUGGAGUCCAUACCAAUCGUACCGAGGAAAUCAUUUCUCAGGAAGCUACAAAAAAAAUUCGUAUUAUAAUUCAUUUGAAAACAAUCCUCCAUUCGCGUCUUCGAAUCAAUUUCAGUCAAAUAACAAUACAUUCAACUUUCCUGACGCUUUCCCCAACGCGAAUCAGUUCACUGUCGGUGCAGUGCCACCUGCAUCGUAUCCCGGUUAUGAACAAUACGGUUUAAGCUAUGGUUAUUCUCCUCCAUUCAAUAAUUAUCAGAAUCCCUAUUUUUGA